AAAUAUCUACAGGCCCUUCAAAAUUGUUUCUCUUGGAGCUCUGUCUCUGAACUACAGAGACCAGAAAUGGAGUUAUCUGCGAUAGGCACUGGGUUUAACUAUGCCCUCACUUGCCCAGCACAGUCUUAUUUUCCCUUAAUUCCUUCUGCAUCCGCUCCCACCACUACUACAAGAAGAAAGAAUUCUCAACGCACCUCCGCAGUUACAGCAACACCACUUCUCAAAGAACCCCGGAAUGAAUCGCAACCACCGCCGCCAAGUGGUCAAAGGCGUCACUCGAAGUCCUACUUGGCCAGACAAGCUGCCAUUCUUGAAGUUCAGCAAUCUUCUGAUUUGGACUCUGCUCUUCAAAGAUUAGAAGGGACAUUGAAGGUGCAAGACUUGAAUGUCAUUUUGCGGAAUUUUGGGAAGCAAAGUAGAUGGAAUGAUCUUUCGCAGCUCUUUGAUUGGAUGCAACAAAAUGAUAAAAUCAGUGUUGCUUCCUUUAGCAGUUGCAUAAAGUUUAUGGGAAAGAGCCUCAACCCCAUGAGGGCACUGGAAAUCUACAGUAACAUUCCAGAUGAAGCAAUAAAAAGUAAUGUCUUUAUAUGUAAUUCUGUUCUCAGUUGCUUGGUCAGGAGUGGCAAGUUUGAUAUUAGCACUAAAUUAUUUCAUAAGAUGAAGCAGAAUGGUCUAACACCAGAUGUUAUUACAUAUAGUAUGCUGCUUGCAGGUUGCAUUAAAGUCAAACAUGGGUAUUCUAAGGCAUUAGACUUGGUUCAAGAACUGAAGUAUAAUGGCCUGCAGAUGGACAGCGUGAUGUAUGGGACACUUUUGGCGGUUUGUGCUUCAAAUAAUCAAUGUGAAGAAGCAGAGAGCUAUUUUAACCAGAUGAAGGAUGAAGGUCAUUCGCCUAAUAUAUUUCAUUAUAGUUCUUUACUCAAUGCUUACUCUGCUGUUGGAAACUACAGGAAGGCUGAGGAAUUGGUGCAAGACAUGAAAUCUUUGGGGUUAGUACCAAAUAAGGUAAUACGGACAACUUUGUUAAAAGUGUAUGUUAGAGGAGGAUUGUUUGAAAAAUCCAGAGAGCUUUUACUUGAACUAGAAGCUUUGGGCUAUGCAGAAGAUGAGAUGCCCUACUGUUUGUUGAUGGAUGGUCUUGCCAAGGCUGGGAAUAUAAAUGAAGCAAGAUCAAUUUUUGAUGAAAUGAAGGAAAAAGGUGUUAAAUCUGAUGGCUAUUCUCACAGUAUCAUGAUUUCAGCAUAUUGCCGAGGGGGGUUUUUUGAAGAGGCGAAGCAGUUGGCCAAGGAUUUUGAGGCCCAAUAUGACAAAUAUGACUUGGUUAUGUUAAACACAUUGCUCUGUGCCUACUGCAGAGCUGAUGACAUGGAAAGUGUGAUGCAAACAAUGAUGAAAAUGGAUGAAUUAAGAAUCAGUCCUAGUUAUACUACUUUCCAUAUCCUCAUAAAAUAUUUCUGCAAGCAAAAGCUGUAUCUCCUUGCUUACCGGACAAUGGAAGACAUGCAUAGGAAAGGGCACCAGCCACAGGAGGAACUUUGUUCGUCCUUGAUCUUCUAUCUUGGUAAAACCAAAGCCCAUCCAGAGGCCUUUUCUGUUUAUACUAUGUUGAAAUAUGGUAAAAGAACCAUGUGCAAAGCCCUUCAUGAGAAGAUUCUGCACAUUCUCUUAUCUGGACAGCUUCUCAAAGAUGCUUAUGUAGUAGUUAAGGACAAUACUGAAUUGAUUUCGCAAGCUGCUAUAAAGAAGUUUGCAAAUGCAUUUAUGAAGCUCGGUAAUAUCAAUAUGAUAAAUGAUGUUAUGAAGGUUAUUCAUGGUUCUGGAUACAAGAUUGAUCAGGAACUAUUUCAGAUGGCUAUAUCACGUUAUAUUGAAAAUCCUGAAAAGAAGGACUUGCUUCUUCAAUUGCUGAAAUGGAUGCCAGGCCAAGGUUAUGCUGUUGAUUCCUCAACAAGAAACCUGAUUCUUAAGAACUCACACUUAUUUGGUUGCCAGCUCAUUGCUGAGAUCUUGUCCAGGCAGCAGAUGAUGUCCAAAGCCCUAAAAUCUCACUAGACAAAGGAUAUGUGAAUUUGAAACUAAAAGACUUCCAGGCUAGGCAACUCGAAUAUUAUCUGAUCUGACCAUAAAUGUAUAUGAUCAGAUUGGAUUUUUUGAUCCUGUGUAUUAUAGGUAUCUUUCUAAUUGUUAUAGCAGCUACUCUUGGCAAAAAAAUUCCCUUUGAUAGUUUGGCCAAAAGUGACUUAACAGUGAAGCGCCCUUGACGCAAUUUUGGGCUUAAGCAUGCUAUUAGAAGGGUGUUUUCAUCUAAUGCAGCUCCAAAAGCAGCCUCAAACAUUCAUGUUAUAGGUUACCAAAGUUUGUAUAUGUUCUAAUUUACGUAGUGCAAACUCUUUGCAUGAUGAGGUGGUUGCACAAUUAUGUAGCGUUCUAGAAUCUGAUAUGAAUGCCAAGGGUACAAAUAUGUACUUAGUAACUAAGUAGAGCACAUGCAUAAUGCUAGGUUGGUGAUCUGACUAGGUGAUCUCCAUUGUUAUUAUGGUCCUUGCGUUAUGGUGUAGAGUUUAUCAUAAAUGGGAAUCACUUAUGUUGCAUUUGGAAUGCAUACAUUCUCAAGUUAUGGUGUUGAAAGGAUACCCUCUUAGUACUGGGUCCUGGGUUUCUUACAUUUCACUCAUUUUUCCCUCUUAGUAGAGUUGGUGAAAACCAGAUACUUGGUGUUUCUCUUGCUGGAAUUGAUGAUUCCAUCCCAAGGACUAUAACAGGUUGGGAGACUCUUACUUCAUGAUCUCAUUGCCUAACAUAUCUCAAGUUAUUGACAGUUGGAGUUGCAGAAGGGAGCUGGGCUGAUGAGAUAUUGAAAGAAUUAAGAUUUCCCUGGGCUAUUAGCUGAAAAUGGUAGGGCUGCCCUAGGUUUAGCCAUUCAUGCAUUUUCUUUGUGCUAUUUCCAUCUUUUUUUUUUUGUAGAUGAAGGGUAUUUGUAACCAUUAUGUUUUGGAAGGUACAAUUGGGCAGCACAUUUCCUAUUAUAGAGGAGCUUGGAUAAUCUAUGAGGAAAACAGAUUGUUGUUGGAUCA